GGGCCCACGGCCGAAAAUCCAGGCAACGUUCAUCCAGCGGUGGACCCAAAGAGCGACCCCAACCCGCCCAAGCAAGAAGGCAGAUCGAUCUUCAACUCGAUUGAGAACCCCUACGCGCUGCGCGAGGCCAUGACGAAGCUUGAGUCAUCCCUCGAUGAGAUCAUCUCCCUCUUCCAGGGAGAGGGCGACACGCUGGGCAAGGAUGGAGGCUUCACAAAGGGAAAGGAAGCCAUUACCAAGUUCAAGAACUGGAAGGAAGAGCUGGAGCAGAUCAAAAGGGGACAAGAGUGA